CGUCAAUCAACUUCUAAUUGUAACGGCUUGCCGAGCAGCCCCGGAAAAUCAAACCCAUUAGUUAGGUUUUUUCACCCUAUUAAUAUUCCGCGUGUAAGGCACGCGCCGCUUGAAACGAGCAUAAAUAAAGGCGGAUGCUCUAGGCACAUCGGAUCGCGGCUCGUAAAUUUGCCGAGUGCUGACCCGUUGGCCAUUAUCUUUGCACUCUCCGCACGCCUUCCACAAACAUCUCUUGUACGUUAUUUACGACAUUACCCCCGAGCAGUACAGGGGCCGCAAAGCUCUCAUAUUUCAGAUCUCACGAGCACCGGUGUCGCACGCUUUGGCUGGGGAAUGCAUGCAAACAACAAUUCACAAGCCCUGAGCUCGCAGCAAUACGGGCGUGGUGGUGUCGGCCAUUGAGAAGUGCGAGCACAUGGAGGCGCUCAGCCUGGAGGGCAACACCAUUGGGGUGGAGGCCGCCAAAGCCAUCGCCACGGCGCUCGCCGAGAAGCCCCACUUCCAGAGGGCUCUUUGGAGCGACAUGUUCACGGGAAGACUUCGCACAGAAAUCCCGCCAGCGUUGACGGCGCUGGGCAACGCGAUGGUGACGUCGGGCGCACGGCUCGUGGAGUUGGACCUGAGCGACAACGCGUUUGGGCCGGACGGGGUGCGUGCCUGCGACACUCUCCUGCGCAGCCGCGCCUGCUUCUCCCUUCGCACGCUGCGACUCAACAACUGCGGCAUGGGCAUCGGCGGCGGCAAGAUUUUGGCGGAGGCGCUGAGCGAGUGUCACCGCGCCUCGGCGUCCGAGGGGAAGCCGCUGGCACUGCGCGUGUUCGUGGCUGGGCGCAACCGCCUGGAGAACGACGGCGCGUCCGCCCUGGCCAAGGCCUUCAUGGCGAUGGGUUCCCUAGAGGAGGUGCACGUCCCCCAAAACGGCAUCAACCACGCAGGCAUCACCGCCCUGGCCAAAGCCUUCGCCAAAAACCCCGAGCUCCGUGUUCUCAACCUCAACGACAACACCUUCACAGAGAGGGGGGCCCUCUCCAUGGCAGAGGCUCUUAAAGUUCUGAAGAAGGUGGAGGUGAUCAACUUUGGGGACUGCCUUGUGCGCUCGGUCGGGGCCAAAGCCAUAGCGGUGGCUCUCAAGGAUGGCCUGCCUCACAUCAAGGAGCUGAACCUGGCGUUUGGAGAGAUCAACAUGGACGCAGCCAUGCAAGUGGCCGAGGCGCUCGAGACAAAGUCGUUCUUCAAGACGCUGGAUCUGAACGGAAACUGCAUUGGCGAAGAGGGCUGCGAGCUACUGCGAGGGACGUUGGAGACGAUCAACAAGGAGCACGUGCUGGGCACGCUCUCGGAUGACGAAGGCUCGGAGGGGGACGAAGAUGGCGAGGACGACAACGAAGACGAGGAGGAGGAUGAUGGCAGUGAGGAGGAGGAGGAGGAAGAAGGGGAGGGUGAGGAGGAUGAGGAGGAGGUGGCGGGGGAGGAGAACGGCGAGGCCGUGGAGGAGUCUCGAGAUGGGGAGCUGCAGGUUCGCGGCGUGGCCCUGACGCCCAAGGUGGCAGCCCGACCCGACGCCUCGGCCUUCCUGACGUUCCCCUCCCCGGAGAAGCUCGUGAGCCUGGGGCCCCAGCGCUCGGCGCUGCUGCUGCAGUCGGUGGAGGGUCGCGCUGCUCUUUCGCAGGAGGACGUCCACAACCCGGACAAGGUGGUGGAGACGUUCCUCAAGCUGUCCAGCGUCUACAAACCCGAGACGGUGGUGCAGUGCGCCGUCUUCGAGAGCGCCGAUGCCCUGCUGCAAAAGGCCUUUCAAAUGGCGAACUUCCAGCAAGCCUUCAUAUCGUCGCUGCUGAUCCACCUGGGCCUGAUUAAGAGCGAGGAGAAAGUGAAGCCCGUUUCGAAUCUCCAAGGGCCGCUGGCGACGCUGGAGCACGUGGUCAAGCAGCAGUACUUCCCGCGCUCGCUGCUGCCCAUCCUCAUCGUGUUCAUGUCAAAGACAAACAAAAUCCUGGAGCAGUGCGAGCCAGCGCGCAACUCUCUGCUGCAAACGCUGUCCAGCAUCUGACCGCGAUUUUGCUGCGCUGUGGUCGCGUACGUGGCACAAAGGCGGUGGGAUCGCGGGUCGCCGGCAACGUCUUUGUCGCGGUGCCGCAAAAUCACUGCAUUAGUGGUCGACGCGUCACUCAAGUGCCGACUUUGCACGCCAACAGCUCGUAAGAGUCGCAAGAAACUAAAGAACGUGCCGAUUGCGCUGCCCAGUAAAUUCCAGCCGUCCGGGCAAAGUAUCCACAACACCACCCACCUUGUUUCCAACGGAAGCAAUCGUUUUCUGCAAUCACGAUUACGCUAGGGGUGUAACGAUGCGUUCAUUUUGAAAAUGACGACGCACGCCCUAAUCACAAAAAAAUAGUUAACUUGGCGCUCAAUGUAACGAAAUGUCUCGGGAGCACAAUUUUUACCUGAGGGGGGGGGGGACCCCUUAAUGGCAGCUGAUACACAGGUCACAAAUCUGAGUUGUGACGAUUUAUCAAAUCGCAUUGGGGAUUGGGUGGUCAUGCAGAAGGGUGAAUUGCUACACUCCUAAAUAACCCCAGUUCACUUCCAAACCCCCCUACAUUUAACUUAGGCAACCUGAAGUGUUAAAUCGUUAAAAGCAGCUUUGAAUUAUGUUCAUUACGGACGAUUGACUGGCACGCGUCUCGCACGAAUUAAAUCAAACAUUUUGAAGUCGUCGUAACAAGCACGCAUUGCAAGUUACAUUGUGCAGGGCACAUGCAUUCCCAGUAAACACAUUGCUACCAGUGGCUACAAGCCCUGUAAUACGAGCAGACUAAUGCAAGAUUUAUUUUUUUGACUUUGGAUAUGGGACUGAGUCCCAUCGAAUUGCCAUCGGCAAUUACCGUCUCUUGUGCCUGAUGGCGAUUGUACUUCAGUUUGCCUGUAGUCAUUGAUUUUUGGAGUGGCCUCAGGUAAAUGACUCAAUUAAACAAUCAAUUUUCAGCGCUCCAGUGGGUGUUUAGGCUUAACUCAUUUAGUUUCAAAUCUGGCUUCUGUCAGGCAGUGGUGUACAUAGAUGUAUAUGCAUACCGAAAACAUUAGCAAGAGCAGCAGAAAUAUUUUUAAUACAAAAUUAUCCCAAGAAGUGAGAUGCCAAUGGUAUACAUUGAAAUGUAACGCUGCUGUUGUGAUCUGUAACUUGCCUUUACACCGGUGAAUAAAAUGGCAGCAGAACUUU